AUGGAAGAAGCCCAGAGUAGAAGCACCAUGAAGAAGCUACUCAGGAAAAUAGAGUCCCAGAUAGACAAGGUGAGCUUUCUGUACACAAACCCCACGCAAACAGCAGAGAUAAAGAAGAUGCUCGACACUGAAGAAGACUCUCGGGCAACUCUUAGGAAAUGCAUCAGCAGGAUGGACAGGCUGAACUCAUACAUGAAUCCGAUGAAGUGUGGCACAGUAAGCAUCCCUUCCAUAGAAGAGCAUCUGAAGUAUCUAUACGAGAGAAGAGGUGUGUUUGAUGAGGGUAAGUGUUAUGCUCUCCUUACCAAAAACAGAAUCGAUACAAUGCUCUCCAAUAGAAAGGCCGCAAUUAAGAGCAAGGGAAAGACACUGAGUUACGAGUUUAAGGAGAGGCUCACAGGAUUCCUGUCCAAGAGGGGCAGUGCUUCAUGGAGCAACGAAAAGAUAGACGACUUCAUCAGCUCGAUGAUGAGAUGA